AGCCAAUCCCUGCGCGGUGGGCGGGGUUACGCGGCGCUGCGCUCACUUUCCAGACAAACCGGCUCCCCGUGGUAAUCCUUGCGCUGGAUGACGGUAGGUGUAAUAUUGACAGGCGCUGAGAGGUCACAGCAGCUGUUCCCCUCUCUGCUGUCCUCCCCUUAGCGUUUAUCGAUAGCCCGCAAAGAAAGUCCGCAGGUCCCUCUUUAACUGCCGGGAGGAGGCAUGGAACCUCUGCGGAAGGAGGCGAAGGAUAAUCCGUCGGCUUCAGCUAAUCUGCUCUCCAAGAUUUUCUUCUGCUGGCUCAAUCCCUUGUUUCGAGUUGGGUACAAGAGGAAGCUGGAAGAAGAUGACAUGUAUAAAGUUCUCCCGGGGGAUGCAUCCGACCGACUUGGAGAUGAACUACAGUGGUACUGGAAUCAAGAAGUUCAACAGGCAGCGAAAGAUCGGCGGCCACCCGAACUUACCCGAGCUCUCAUCCAGUGCUACUGGAAGUCAUACUCACUGAUAGGAAUAUACAUUUUUUUUCAGGAAAUUAUCAAAGUCGUUCAGCCUGUGCUGCUUGGGAAGCUGAUUGAGUACUUUGAGAGUCAGGACUCUGGGAACCCGGUCUCAGUUAACGAGGCUUACGGCUACGCAGCAGGCAUCAUGGUGUCCACCUUCAGCCUGUCCGUUCUACAUCACCUCUAUUUCUACCUCGUCCAACGAGCAGGCAUGAAGAUUCGUGUGGCCAUGUGCCACAUGAUCUAUAGGAAGGCUCUCUGUCUUAACAACACAGCGAUGGCCCAAACCACCACAGGGCAGAUUGUGAACCUCUUAUCCAAUGAUGUCAACAAAUUUGAUGAGGUGACCUUAUACUUGCACUUCUUGUGGGUGGGCCCUCUCCAAGCGGUAUCCGUCAUAUUAUUGUUGAUGUAUGCGAUCGGCCCAUCAUGUCUUGCUGGGAUGGCUGUCUUCUUCAUUCUGAUGCCAGUGCAGACCAUGUUUGGACGCCUGUUCUCAAGCCUCAGGGAUGAAACAGCAGUGUUGACAGAUGAGAGAAUUCGCACAAUGAAUGAAGUCAUUUCUGGGAUCCGAGUUAUAAAGAUGUACGGCUGGGAGAAGCCCUUUGGUGCACUGGUGGAUGAGGUCAGAAGAAUGGAAAUCUCCAAGAUCAUGAAAAGCUCUUACCUGCGUGGCCUCAACAUGGCGUCGUUUUUCAUGGCCAGCAAGGUCAUCAUCUUCGUGACCAUCUGCGUUUACGUACUGACAGGAAACGAGCUGUCUGCUAGCAGAGUGUUCAUGGCUGUUUCCCUCUACGGGGCGGUCAGACUCACCAUCACGCUCUUUUUUCCCUAUGCCAUAGAGAAGAUCUCCGAGUGUCUCAUCAGCAUCCGGAGGAUAAAGAAAUUUCUUCUGCUGGAUGAAGUUGCUCCUCAUCAUCUUGGACUUCCUGUGACAGAGAAGAAGGACUGUAUAGUGAAGGUUCAGGAUUUAAUAUGCUACUGGGAUAAGCGUUUUGAAGUUCCAACUUUACAGAACGUGUCUUUCACAGUGAGACCCGAGCAACUCCUGGCAGUAAUCGGACCUGUUGGAGCUGGAAAGUCCUCUCUCCUCAGUGCCAUACUGGGAGAGCUGAGUCAUGAAAGCGGUGUGGUCAAAGUCAAAGGAGACCUGACCUACACAUCUCAGCAGCCCUGGAUUUUACAUGGGACAAUUCGAAGCAACAUCCUAUUUGGCAAAGAGCUCAACCCCAAGAAAUAUGAUCGAGUUCUGAGAGCCUGCGCCCUUAAGAGAGACUUGGAUUUGUUGCCGGGUGGUGACUUGGCAAUGGUUGGAGACAGAGGGGCAAACCUCAGCGGAGGACAGAAGGCGAGGGUCAGCUUAGCAAGAGCAGUGUAUCACGAUGCAGAUAUCUACCUGCUGGACGACCCGCUCAGUGCUGUGGAUGCCGAGGUGGGCCGGCACCUCUUUGAAGAGUGCAUUUGUGGACUGUUAAAGAAGAAGCCUCGUGUCCUGGUGACUCAUCAGCUACAGUAUCUCAAGGCUGCAGAUCACAUUAUUGUCUUAAAGGAGGGCCAGAUGGUGGCUCAGGGGACCUACAGUGAAUUGCAGGGCUCCGGACUAGAUUUCACCUCCCUGCUUAAAGAGGAUAAUGACCAGGAAGAGGAGAGGCAAACCACUACCCCCAUCCCUGGCACUGUCUCCUGCUUCCCCCACGCACUCUCUGACAACUCAAUGUCCUCUAUGUCCUCCCUUGCCUCCUCUCGGUACUCUUUGAUUGAGGCACAUCAGCCACAUGCAGAGGUAGUGCAACCAACAGAAGAGGAAAGCCGCUUAGAAGGAAACGUCGGCCUGCAUAUAUAUGUGAAAUAUUUCCUUGCAGGCGCCAACUUCCUGGUGCUCUUGGUCCUCCUUUUACUCAAUGUAGUAGCACAUGUCACGUUUGUUCUGCAGGACUGGUGGCUUGCAUGCUGGGCCUCUGAACAGAAGCACAUCGGUGUGACAGAGCACCUCAAUGGCAGCUUCCCUCGGCAGCUGGACCUUGACCUGUACCUAGGUGUUUACGCAGGUUUAACAGCUUCUUCAGUUGUAUUUGGCUUCAUCCGCAGCUUGGUUUUCUUCAACGUCCUGGUGAGCUCGGCCCAAACCCUACACAACAACAUGUUUAACGCCAUCCUCCGGACCUCCAUACACUUUUUCGACGUCAACCCGAUUGGAAGAAUCCUCAACAGGUUUUCAAAGGACAUUGGUUACCUGGACUCCCUGCUUCCAUGGACGUUUGUGGACUUUAUCCAGGUAUUCUUCCAAGUGGUUGGAGUGAUCGCGGUAGCUGCCCUCAUCAUCCCGUGGAUCCUGGUUCCCGUUGUUCCUCUUCUUGUUGUCUUCCUGUUUCUGCGAUGCUACUUCCUGCAGACCUCCAGGGACAUCAAGCGGCUAGAAUCCACCACUCGAAGUCCUGUCUUCUCCCAUCUUUCGUCCUCUCUCCAAGGCUUGAGCACCAUCCGUGCUUUCAGGGUUCAGCAGAGGUUUCAGCAGAUGUUUGAUGAGUAUCAGGAUCUUCACUCAGAGGCCUGGUUCUUGUUCCUGACGACCUCCCGCUGGUUCGCCGUGCGUCUUGAUGGAAUUUGUUCAGUUUUUGUCACCAUUACUGCUUUUGGCUGCCUUUACCUCAGGGAUGGCCUGGAACCAGGUGCAGUGGGUCUGGCUCUGUCCUAUGCUAUCACACUCACAGGCAUGUUUCAGUGGGGCGUCCGACAGAGCGCUGAGAUCGAGAACAUGAUGACUUCGGUGGAGAGAGUAGUUGAAUUUGCAGAUCUGGAGAGUGAAGCUCCUUGGGUCAUGGACAAACAGCUCCCAAGCGAUUGGCCCAGUACCGGCUCCAUCUCCUUUGACAGAGUCAACUUCUCUUACAGCGCCAGUGGGCCUUUGGUCCUGAAGAACCUGACUGUUGUCUUCGCAUCCAGGGAAAAGGUUGGCAUCGUUGGGCGCACUGGUGCUGGUAAAAGCUCCCUGAUCUCUGCCUUGUUCCGGCUGGCGGAACCUGAGGGAAGAAUAUCGAUUGAUGGAUUUCUGACCUCUGAGAUUGGUCUGCACACACUGCGCCAGAAAAUGUCGAUCAUCCCACAGGACCCAGUUCUCUUCACGGGCACCAUGAGGAAGAAUCUGGACCCUUUCAGGCAGCACACAGAUGAGGACCUGUGGAAUGCACUCCAAGAGGUGCAGAUGAAGGCUGUGGUGGAAGAGCUGCCCAGUAAGCUGGAGACUGUGCUGACUGAGUCAGGCUCUAACUUCAGUGUGGGCCAGAGGCAGCUGGUGUGUCUGGCCAGGGCCAUCCUCCGGAAGAACCGCAUCCUCAUUAUUGAUGAGGCCACAGCCAAUGUGGACCCAAGAACUGACAGCCUCAUCCAGCAGACUAUCCGGGACAAGUUUCAAAAGUGCACAGUCCUCACCAUUGCUCACAGGCUCAACACUAUCAUUGACUCUGACAGAAUUCUGGUUCUGGAUGCUGGCAGGAUCCAGGAGUAUGAUGAGCCAUAUGUGCUGCUCCAGAACCAGGACGGGCUCUUCUACCAGAUGGUCCAACAGACAGGCAGAGCCGAGGCCGACUCACUGCUGCAUGCAGCCAAACAGGUUUACAUGAACAAAAAGCGGGUGACUGACGUGUGCCGCGCCAAGGACAUCCACGUCAUCUUUGAGACGUCUCUUUGACAGUUUGGAGAGUUGCUGUGGUCCUUGUGUUAGUCGUCGGUGACCAAAUAUUGUCCUUGAAGGCCGAGUGUAGUGUGGGCUGCGUUUGAUUGGCACAGGCCUUUGGUCUGGAACAGAAAAUAUGCAAGUAUGUGAGGCAGGCUGUGCCUUUCAUUGACAGCGUACGCCGAUCAGCCACAAUAUUAAAACCACUGAAGUGAAUAACAUUGACUGUCUGCGACAAUACAAUGUUCUGCUGGGAAACUUUUGGACCUCACAUUCGUGUGGAUGUUACUUAGACAUGUAGCACCCACCUAGACCAGACCAGGCACAUAACAAUGAUACUCCAGUGAUAAUGAUACUCCAGGCUGCAUCCUGUAUGGAUAUCAGUAUCCAUCCCCAGCAGGAUGCAGCCUGACAUAGAAAUACACACAAAAAUGGUUUAGGAUUAACUAAAAAGCAAAACAAAGAAAAAAAAUAACAU